CUUCCCCCGCUGCUUCACGAACCCCGGAGCUUCCGCUUCACUCACCAACGAACCCGCUUCGAACCAGGACGCUCGACCACGCCUUUUCCCUCCCCCACGCUGCCGCCGACGGGGACUCCCUGGCUUCGUAUCCUUCGACCUCAGAGACGUCCCGAGGAGUCUUCAGCGACGUCGAGACUCCGUGGCUGUGACGCUGGGAUCCCCCCCCGUAUCCUAUGGUGCCAUGAUGGGGCGCCCCUCCCCUGCUCUUCCCCUGCUGCUUGCCUGCUUGGCCUGCUGCCUCCGCGAAGUGACGAGAGCUGCCACGAAUGAUGGGGCCCCGAGAGCAAGGGACGCAGACGAUCUCGACGUCAUAGAUGUGUUCGACAUGGCCAUGGAGAUGCGGCGCCUCGAUCACUCUCGCCAUGAUCCCGGCCCCGAGCUCGACGGGAAUUUUGGCGGGAAAUUUGGCGGGAAUGGCGACACGUGGUUAGAUGAUCCGUCUCUCACACCCACAAGUCGGAGGAAGCUUCAAUAUUCCCCGGAUGAAAUCGCCCUAGGCCUGCAAAACUCCGACUACAUCGAGGACGUGCAGGACAACCCUAAACCCCAGCGCACCGUGCCUGUCAUCGCCAGCAUCGGCAAGAUACUGGAUGAUAUCGACUCCAAGAGAGCGCGGACGCAGAGUAGAACAGCCGUUGGAACAACCGAUGGAACAACAGGUGGAACAACCGAUGGAACAACAGGUGGAACAACCGAUGGAACAACCGACCACGACUUCCCGCCGGUGUUCAUGAGAGGCGGUUUAUUCCCACAGGAUACUAAAGUAAGUCCUGGUUUUUGGCUGUCAGUUGUGGCCAGUUGA